AUGGCCGAGAGAUUUCAACCGUAUCAUGUUCCGCAACAAAGCAGAAGAGAUAAGCUGAGAGUUAUAGCCCAAACCCAACCUGGAUGUGUAGAAAAUGUUCAGGAAACUGCAAAUUUAGUCCCUCUCUACGAUCCAUCCCUUAUGUCCUCAGAUUUGAUCAACUGUGCUAACCUGCACCAUCAACGCCUCAAUCUUGGUACUGCACCUUGCAAGCAGAAUUCAAACAUAGGCACAGUUACUGGUGGCGGUUGUGUUAAAGAAAAGGGCAUGAAUUUGAUGGGUUUUGUGGGGGGAGUGAAUACGAUUAGUACUGCUGCUUCAUCUUCUUCUUCUGCUACAAAUCAUUUGUAUUUGGAUCCACAAUCAUCUGUACAGUUAAGCCCUAGUACUAUUCAAGAUAUUAAUGGCAGCCCAUAUAUCUACACACCCCAAUGCCUCAGAGUUCUUGAUCAGUCAUUUCAUGGUAGUGAAGUGGUGGUGUAUAAACCUGAACCACUGUCAAUAACCCACGAGGCCAACUGUAGUAGUGCAGCAACUUGUCAAGGCUUGUCUCUGUCCUUAUCUUCACAUCACACUCACCAGAGUAAUCUCCCUCUGGAGCUGAAUCUGCAGAGAUAUGACUAUUCAAUUGAUGGUAGUGAGCAAACUGGGAAGAAAUCAAGAUUACUUUCAAUGCUUCACGAGGUUUACAGGAGGUACAAGCACUAUUACCAACAGAUGCUGUCAGUAGUUGCUUCGUUUGAAUCUGUUGCUGGACUCAGCCAUGCAGCGCCAUUCGCAAAUUUGGCUUUAAAAGCCAUGUCCAAACAUUUCAGGUGUUUAAGGAAUGUUAUUACCGAUCAGCUGCAGUUCAUAAAAUCUCAUGGUCCACUAAGUUACGAGAAGGAAGGGGCUCAAUUUGGGAGUUCUGGAGGGGGAAUUCAGAACCAAAGACCAUUUGGAUUCAUUGAUCAACCUGUAUGGCGACCUCAAAGAGGACUUCCAGAGCGAGCUGUUACCGUUCUGCGGGCCUGGUUGUUUGAACAUUUUCUGCACCCUUAUCCGACUGACACGGACAAGAUAAUGUUAGCAAAACAGACAGGUCUCACAAGGAACCAGGUCUCAAACUGGUUUAUAAAUGCAAGAGUAAGGCUUUGGAAACCCAUGGUGGAAGAGAUACACAUGCUUGAAACUCGCCAAACCCAAAAAGCUUCUCAAAGAGAGGAACAAAGUGCCAAUCAGCUAAGUGAUAAUUUGCCUACAAGUUGUCCAGUUGAAGGUGAAAACGCAUCCACCUCGAUACAAAGAAAUGAAAACUUGCCAUCAAAAUUCACUGGGAAUGAUUUAACUGGAACUCCUAUCAGCACCAAGGGGCCGAUGAAUUUUCUAUAUGAUAAUUUGUCACAUCAUGUCGGAAUUGGCAUGAGCAGUGCUGGUGGAAGUGGCGGUGUGUCCUUAACUCUGGGACUCCAUCAGAAUGUAGGUUUCUCAGAAGCCUACCCCUUAAAUGCAGCUCGCCGUUUUGGUCUAGAUGCACAUAGCGAGGGGUAUGUAGAGAGUGGGUUUGCAGCACAAAAUCAACAGUUUGGAAGGGACAUUAUCGGAGGACAACUUUUGCAUGAUUUUGUUGGCUGA